GCUGACUUUAAAAUGGGGCUUUGUAAUCUCGUCGAACCUCAUUAUACGGUGUUUACCUCUCGUUUCGUUAUUAAAUAAUUGAAUGUUUAUAAAGAAAAACUUACAACGUACAUAUGAUUUUUUGUUGCUAUUGGUCUGAACACGUUUAAGACGAAUUCGCCUACGAUUGUUCAUAACUGUUGAAUGCCGGGUUAAGUGGAAAUUGGGAAAGCUUUAAAUUAAAUAUUUUAAAUAAUUAGCAAAUGAGCUAAAAAUGUAUAUGCGUAACAAAUUCCUACGCAGCUUCAUUGCUGUGCUCCCAAGAAGUUACGCCACGAAAAGAUCCCAGGCAUCAUUGGAUACGAACGAUGAAGUGGGUGCCAGUUUCUUUGCCAAACAUAUAGGUUCCAACUACUGGAAGUGGCAUGCGGCAUUGCACAAGCAUCCCGAAUUGAAAACGUUGAAAAGCAAAGAUAUCUUAAACUCGGCAAAGGCAUUGAACAAACUGGAUUUUACGGUUGAUGAUAUUCUAACAAGACCCAUGAUUCUCUAUACAAAUGAAAUGACAUUGGAGAAUCGUUAUGUUGUGCUAAAGGAAUGUGGCUUUGUGGAAAUAACAAUUCCAUUAUUAUCCAAAUUUGUUGCUGCCAUGAAUCGUAGUGUUGUAUCCCUAAAAUCAUUUCGAUAUAUAUCGUAUGAUACAGAUGUUGUAGAACGUUUACGCACAACCUUUAGCGAUGUAGAUGUUACAUUGUCGCCAGAUUUGGAAUGCAAUGAAAGUUUAGAAUUGAAAUUGCUUCGGCAACGCAUUCUCAAUUGUUAUCUUAGACAGAAGUUGGGUGCAUCUUCAAACGAUAUUGAAAAGAUUUGGAAGACAUAUGGACGUCUACGCCAUAAAAGUUUUUCUUCUAUACAAAGUGUUAUUGAAGUUCUUACCAAGGAUUUAAAAUUCUCCUACGAACGUAUAAUUAAGAACGCCUUUCUUCUGUAUGCUGAUGCGUGCAAUGUGAAACGCAUAAUAAAGGAGGUGCCAACAAUUGAUGGUCAGGAUAUAAAGGAAUUAUUGUACAAACGACCCAAGAUCAUGAUGACGUCCUGCGAUGGCCUUUUAACCACCAUGCAACACAUUAGAGAGUUUGGCAUUGAAGAAGGUGCUAUUCUGAGAUGUUUGGAAAUUCUAACAUUGGGCCCAGAUACCGUACUGGAACGUUUAAAAGAUCUUAAUGAAGUUGAAGAGUUCCAAGUCCUAAGCUCAAAUCCAAGAGUGUUGCGAUUGGUGCACUAUCAAAAUAAGGCCAGACUGAGAUUGGACUAUUUGAAUCAAUUAAAAGUUCGUUGUGCUUCCCUGCAUAUAUUAUCGUGUAGCUCGGAGGCAUUUGCAAGAUUUGCACGUGACGGUUCAGACAAGACGAAAGGUCGCGACGUUGUUGUAUAUCUUUCGAAUGUCAUGAAUAAAAACGAAAGUGAUUUACGUAACCUGCUCUCCAGGCAUCCAAAUUGGUGUCAUAUUCCUGCCAUACAAGUCAAGCAAUGUUAUGAGUUUUUAAUAGAAAAUAAGUUUUGCACUCAGGACAUUUACAACAAUAUUCAUAUGCUGCUCUAUCCAAUAAAACGCAUAGAGGAAAAACUGAAACAGCUGAAUACAACGGAUUUUGUAAAAGAAAUCAAAACCAUAGAGAACUGUGAAGAACUCACAGCAAAUGAGGUGCUCACUUUAGUUUUGUAUUUAAUUGAGAGUGAAUUUCAUUUCACCGGAGAUGGCAUUUGGACUGAGCAGCACACCCAGCAUGUGGAAAAUUUCAAUAAUCUACUGCCCGAUUUUCCCGAAAGUCUUAAUAAAAUCUAUAAAUAUGGUUUGAAAUCAGGGUCCGCAUCAAUAUCUUCCAAAAAGGAAUCGAAAGAUUCAUUUAAAGAAUAUGUCUUUAAUUGAAAACCUUUUGUACAUAUACACUUAUUAUUUAUAGUUAAUUAUUGGCUAAGCUAAAGAUAUUGUUGUUAUAAAUUUAAUUAAAAGAAAACCAAACGAUAUUUUCAGCACUAAGUGUGUUAG